CCGCGCGCUUGGCUGCCCUACUCAGCAGCGCCGGGCGGGGCGCGGGGCAUCCAGGAUGGCCAGGCUGCAGGGUGGAGGCAGGAUGCUGCCGAGCUUGGAGGGGGCCUGGGUUGCCACUUUCUCCGCCCGGCAGCCGCCCCAUUUCUGAUGGGAAUCCAUGGCCUGGCCAAGCUGAUUGCGGACGUGGUUCCCAGUGCCAUCCGGGAGAAUGACAUCAAGAGUUACUUUGGGCGGAAGGUGGCCAUUGACGCCUCCAUGAGCAUCUACCAGUUCUUGAUUGCCGUGCGCCAGGGGGCUGAUGUGCUGCACAACGAGGAGGGCGAGACUACCAGCCACCUGAUGGGCAUGUUCUAUCGCACCAUCCGCAUGGUGGAGAACGGCAUCAAGCCGGUCUACGUCUUUGAUGGCAAGCCCCCCCAGCUGAAGUCAGGGGAACUGGCCAAGCGGAGUGAGCGCCGUGCUGAGGCGGAGAAGCAGCUGCAGGAGGCCCAGGAGGCAGGUGAGGAGGAGAAUGUUGAGAAGUUCAGCAAGAGAUUGGUCAAGGUAACCAAGCAGCAUAACGAUGAAUGCAAGAAGCUGCUGUCAUUGAUGGGCAUCCCUUAUGUGGAAGCACCGGGCGAGGCUGAAGCCAGCUGUGCCACCUUGGUGAAAGCUGGCAAAGUCUAUGCAGCUGCCACUGAGGAUAUGGACUGCCUGACCUUUGGCAGUCCGGUGCUCAUGCGACACCUCACAGCUAGCGAGGCCAAGAAACUGCCUAUCCAAGAAUUCCACCUGAACCGCAUCCUGCAGGAGCUGGACCUGACGUGGGAGCAGUUUGUGGACCUGUGCAUUCUCCUGGGCUGUGACUACUGUGAGAGCAUCCGUGGUAUUGGGCCCAAGCGUGCCAUUGAGCUCAUCAAGCAACAUAAAACCAUUGAGAAGAUCGUGGAGCACAUAGACACCAAGAAGUACCCGCUUCCUGAGAACUGGCUGCACAAGGAAGCCCAACACCUCUUUUUGCAGCCUGAUGUGGUAGACCCUGAGGCUGUGGAGUUAAAGUGGGGUGAGCCUGAUGAAGAUGGUCUUGUCCAGUUUAUGUGUGGGGAGAAGCAGUUCAAUGAAGAACGGAUCCGCAAUGGGAUCAAGAGGUUGAGCAAGAGCCGCCAAGGUAGCACUCAGGGCCGAUUGGAUGACUUCUUCAAGGUGACUGGCUCCAUUACUUCAGCUAAGCGAAAGGAGCCAGAGCCCAAGGGACCAACCAAGAAGAAAGCAAAGGGCAAUGCUGCAGCAAAGUUCAGAAAGGGGAAAUAGCUGGACUUUCCAAAACUCUGCUUGUUCUUUUCUGCUUCCACGUUCUCCACAAGUUUUAAAUUUGGUAGGAAAUCCUUGUGUGUGUUGCUCUAAAUGAUUCCCUGCCAGCGGGAAGGGGGGAGGAGGGGGUGGCGAUUGAUGAUGCCUGUGCUUCUGUUCCUGUACAUAGUGAUUCCCCAUCAGGACUAGAUUAGCAAAUUAGAUAAGAGUCCUCUAACAAGCAACAGUGUGGCCACAAUUCUGAUGGAAGGGUGGAUUUAAAAAAUCGGAGACUGGGAGGAAUUAAAAGUAUGAGCAUAGGACAAACCAGGGCUGAGCGAGCUUCACUAGCAAUCCAGUAACAAUGUUCAUUACUUUUAAACUGACUUAGUCUUGAGGCCCACAGGCAGUGGGGAUGCUGCAUAGAGCAUGCACUUGGGACCUGUAGGGAAGCAGUAUACAGCCUUGAUCUCCAGUCACGCCGAAAAAGUAGUGUUGACUAGCCAGAAAGCAAACCAAAUCUAAAUGUAGGAAAGAGGCUUUCUCUUCAGAAAGCCCAGAACUUCACCCAAAGAACUGUAGCAUGGGAGGGAUGAAGACUGAAACAGAACAUGGGAGAAGAAAUGCCUGAAAUGCAAAUUAGAGCUAGAGAAAAAGCGAAAUGCCUUGUUUUAAUUGAUUACUCAAAGAAGUGAGAAAUUUAACAUUUUUCUCCUAUAAAAAUGACUGAUGUUUAAAGCCUUGGUGCAGAUUAUUUUGAUUACACUCCAGAUUCCAGUAUUGUGUUGGUUUGGUCCCAGUGUAUAAACCAGAAGGAUCUAAGAAUGAAUGGCAACUUUCCAAGCUUGAUUCUUGUCAUCACUAGGUUUAAUUUUUUUAAUUUUUGAAGUCAGCUUUAAAUAAACCUGCGAAUGGAAAACUG